GAUUCUAGCAAGAAAUGGAGAAAGCGUAUUAUGUGAUGCAGUAAAAUACACACUUUCUACUCUCUCUCUCUCUCUCUCUCUUUCAAAGCAUUCCCUGCUGUUGAAGCGUCGCUACUGACUGAGAGACGACUCGCCAGCCAUGCCAACCACCGCAGAAAGCCGUGUUAACGUGCGCAGAUCCGUGUGCAUUGGCGCAUUUUAGCCUCCAAGAAAAGAAAUAGCCGCACUAUUACUCCCUUUCCUUCUUCCCAUGUACUUGUCUUUUCUCGUACCAAAUUUCCCACUUCUUGAAUUUCAUUGCUGUUGCUGAAAACAACACCACCAAGGCACCAACCAUAAAUAACCACACAAAAAAAGGGCAAAAAAAAAAAAGAAUUUUUUUUGGGGGGGUAGUUUAUGGAAUUGUAGGUACGAUUCUGCGUGUGGGGAAGCUUCAGAUCUGUCAGGAAAAUGGAAAUGGAGAAGGACAUAUACAGCCAGUGGUGGUUCUGUUUUUUUGCUGAAACUCUUUGAUUUUUGAGUUUAAUGAUUGAAGAAGUCAUAAAAGAGCCUGCUUUCUGUCUCUUUCUUCUUCUUCUCCUGUUUUCUCUUUUAGCUCUAUAAUUGAAAGGGAAAUAGAAUAAAAAAAGAAUUCUUUCCUCAAACCAUUCAUUCAUCUUCUUCUUUGUUGAAUAUUGUGUGUGAAAAAGAGAGAAAAAUGCUGGCAAUUGGGAGCCAUUGUAGCAGUACAAGUACUACUUACAAUACUUUGCUGAGAGAACUCCAGCAAAUAUGGACCGACAUUGGCGAGAGUGAGGGUGAAAAACACCGAAUGUUGUUGGAACUAGACCGGGAGUGUUUAAAGGUUUACCAAAGAAAGGUUGAUGAGUCUGCCAACACGAAAGCUCGCCUUCACCAAUCUAUUGCAGCCAAGGAAGCCGAGCUUGCAACGCUCAUGGCUGCUCUUGGUGAACGCCAAAUUAAUUCACCGUUAGAGAAGAGGGUGAUGCCAUUAAAGGAGCAACUGGCAUCAAUUACGCCACUAGUAGAGGAUUUAAAACUCGAGAAAGAAGAAAGACUGAAGCAGUUUACGGAUGUAAAGACACAAAUUGAGAAGAUAAGUAGUGAAAUUUCGGGGUAUGGCAAAGUUAUCACCGCUAUGAGUUCCUUAAAUCUGGAAGAAAAUGACUUGUCAUUGAGGAAGCUCUCGGAGUACCAAACUCAUCUCCGUUCCCUGCAAAAUGAGAAGUCUCAGCGUGUCCAAAAGAUUCUAGAGUUCGUAAACGAGGUUCAUUCUUUGUGUGCUGUUCUCGGGGUGGAUUUUGGCAAAACUGUAAGCGAAGUGCAUCCGAGUUUGCAAGAGACGGGAGUGGGACAGUCUAUGAAUAUCAGCGAUAGCACGUUGCAAGGCUUAAAUCAGGUUAUCCUCAGAUUAAAAACGGAAAGAAAAGUUCGUUUCCAGAAGCUGAAGGAUGUUUCCGCUUCACUAUUUGAACUCUGGAAUUUGAUGGACACGACGAGAGAAGAGAAGUUUAGCUUUUUGAGGGUCACUUCCAUUCUGGGCUCUCCUGAAUCUGAGAUCUUUGAGCACGAUGCUCUUUCAUUGGAGAUCAUUCAACAGGUAUCAUCAGAAGUUGAGAGGCUGACUAAAUUAAAAGCUAGCAGAAUGAAAGAAUUGGUGAUGAAAAAGCGGUCCGAGCUGGAGGAUAUAUGCUCUAAAACGCAUAUUGAACCUGAUCCAAGCACCGCUGCUGAUAAAUCUUCUGCAUUGAUAGACUCUGGUCUGGUGGAUCCUUGCGAACUCUUGACAAACAUUGAAGCACAGAUAAACAAAGCAAAAGAUGAAGCUUUGAGCCGAAAGGAUAUUAUGAAUAGGAUUGAGCGAUGGCUUUCUGCUUGUGAGGAGGAAAACUGGCUUGAAGGUUUUAGCCUAAAUCAAAGCCAUUAUAGCGGUGGAAGAGGAGCUCACAUAAACUUAAAACGAGCAGAACGCGCUCGAAUUCUUGUAAAUAAGAUUCCAGGGAUGGUCGAGAAUCUGAUUAGCAAGACGCUAUCUUGGGAAAAAGAGAAGAAAAAGUUGUUUCUUUAUGAUGGGGCACGAUUGGUGUCAAUAUUGGAGGAUUACAAAGUGGCCCGACAACAGAAAGAGGAGGAAAAGAGGCGUGCUCGGGAUCAAAAGAAACUCCAGAAUAUGCAACUUGCAGAAAAGGAAUCAAUCUAUGGGUCUAGACCAAGCCCGAGAAGAAGCACGAGCUUUAAGAGUGUCAGUGAAUAUCAUUCUAAUGGAAAUGGAUCUGUAACCCCCUCGCCACGCAGGAAAUCGGUUGGUGGCCCAAAUUCAGAUCUUUUGACACCCCGUUCCUAUUCUGGGCAUCAAAACGGGUAUUUCAAGGGAACGAGAAGGCUUUCAACUGGCCCUCUGAAUUUCGUGGCUAUUGCAAAAGAAGAUAUCAUGUCAUUUUCUUCUGUUUGUGGUUCUGAUCCCGAGUCUCCGCCUAAAGCCUGAAUAUGGAAUCUGAACCGGGAGGCGCCUGAUAUAUUCUUUCCUACGGGAACAACUUUCUACGGGGGAAGGAGUGACCAAAACUUGUGAAUAUAACGAAAGGGUAUGUAUGUAUGUAUGUAUGUACACUAGUGCAAGCAACUUUCGUUCGGUUAUUUUGGUAGUUGAAGCAAUGAGAUGAUGUAGUGGGCGGUUAUUUUGGUGUUCAUAUAUUAGUGAGAACUCAGAAGUGAACAUUGAAAGAGUUGAUAGAAGAUUGGUGACAGUAUUGUAUUAAGAGUUUGGUGUGUUCAUUUGUGUGUACAUAGUACGGUGUUACGUUGUUGCUUUGACUUCAUUUAGGUUUUGUUGUUUUGUUUGAGUUGUAUGGUCUUAGGAUUAGGGUUUGUA